CCAUCAGCGGGCGUCGCCGAAAAGUUUCCCUUGCUUUCCACCAUCAUCCAACGGCGACGUCGACGAAAUGGCAAAGAAAAAGAAUAAACAGAUCAUCCGCCCAUGGUGCUGGUACUGUGAAAGGGAGUUUGAAGAUGAGAAAGGUACUUUUUCUAAUACGUCUGGAAGAUGGAAUCUCAUAUGCACGGACAUUCAGUUCUCAUGCAACACCAAAAGGCCAAACAUUUCAAAUGCAACAUGUGUCCUCGCCGAUUGAACACUGCUGGCGGUCUGGCCGUGCAUAUUCAACAAGUUCAUAAACUAGAACCAGAGAAGUGCCUCAAAGUCCAUCCAUAUCUAGUUCGUUUUGUUGACUUUGUUUUGUUCAGCCUUCCACGGAUUGAGAACGCUAUGCCAGGACGUGAUGGGUAUGAAGUGGAGAUUUUCGGAAUGGAGGGCAUUCCUGCACCUGAUGUUGCAGACUAUAAGCGCCGCAAGGAAAUCGAACUUGGCUUAGCUGCAGGUUCUAUAUCUCAGCCUCAGCCGAAGAGACCUAAGAUUGAAAAGAGGCCUUUAUCGGAGGACGAACUCAAGGCUCAGUUAGAGGCCCAUAAGGCCUUGAUGGGCGCGGGGUAUACGGCGCUCCUCCACAAGCAUAUGCUGCGCCUCCUACUCCAGCUCCGGGCCUUCCGCCGCCAGGGAUGCCUCCUGGUAUGGGACCAGGUGCGCCUCCUCCAUUCUUUCCGGGAGGGCCACCCCCUGCCGGCGCUUUGCCGCCUUUUCCGCCUUUUCCUGGCAUGCCCGGUUUCCUUCCAGGACAUCCACCACCUGGCUUCCCUAUGCCUCCUCCUGGUCUCAUGCCUCCACCGGGUAUGCUUCCCCCAGGUGCGCCACCUUUUCCUCCCGGAAGUGUUCGGCCACCAUUCCCUCCACCACCUUCUUUUGUUCCCGCUGGUUCAGCAUCACCGUUCCCUCCAGUUACACCAGGGAUUGGAUCUGGUGCUCCGCCGCCGCCAUCGGCUGCUGCUAUGGGACCACCCGCUGCAACCGCAGCACCACCUCCUUUGACCUUGCCAAAUUCGGCCCUUGAACAGAAAGAAACGGGCUCACACUAAAAAGUACUAUGUUGCCCGAGACUCGACGAAUAUGCCGCUAUCUGGCAUUGACUCUUCU